UAAUGGCGACUUCCGGCACAGAGAGGAAUUCUUCCGCGUGGGGGCGCAACGUGCAAGGACGCCAUAUUUGUUUUUCAAGGAAACAUUCAAACAAGUUGAAACGUGAAAAAGUAUUGCUGGUCUUGUUCAAAGUUCUCUCCGAUUUUGCACUCUUCUUUUGUUCGAUUUUUGUUUAAAUAUAUUUUUUACAAUCGGAAAACUGAAAUACAAUUGAACAAUCAUGUCAACAUCAGAAGAAUUGGGACCAAAAGAAUGGCUUCGCUGUAAUAAUUGUUACAUUUUGAUGUUAGAAUCGAAAGUUCCAUUCUUCCUCUCAUUUUGCAGUCACAUUUUUUGUACUAAAUGUGUUAAAAUAGCUAAGAAAAAAUGUCCACAAUGUCAGACGAAAAAUCUUCGCAUAAUGCCAUUAGUGGAACCCCUGAGUCCUGAAGUGAAACACUGCUUUGAACCGAUUGAAAAUAUCAGUGAAAAAUUUUUACAAGCGAUUAAUUUCCAAAAUCAGCAAAUGGACAUAAACAAAAAACGCUUUUCAACUGUUGAAAAAAAGUACAGUUACAUAAAAGGGGAGUAUCAACGUAUAAACAAUGCCUUCAAAACUUCGAAAAAUCGAAUGCAAGAAAUGGAAAGUGAAUUAAAAUUGCUGCGAAAGAAAAUUUCUGAUCUUGAAGAGUCUCCGAGAAAUAUGAGAUAUACUCAAAAUCCACAAUCUUUCAUGGAAAGCGCACAUUCACAUUCAAAUCGUUCUUCGAGUCAUAGUGGCAGUGACAAUCAGCCGCUUCCAAAGAGGAGGUCAUUUCAUAGUUCCUUGUUGACACCGAUAAAACUCGAACAAUUGAAUUUAAAUUCCGAAUUUCGCUCUCCAUUAACGACAAGAGUUCCUCGAUCUGUUGGUGGUUCGUCAAAAAAUUCCUGUAACUCUUUGAGAACUCCGUUCACAAUUGCUUCAUCAUGUCUCGACAGAUAAGUCGCUUUUAGAUUUUUUUCUUCACUUUAGAAUUUUAUUCGAAAAUUCUUGCUUUUUGUUUUUGUUGAAAAUUAUUUUGUUUUAGUUCUUUUUAAGUUGACGUUAGAUUCUAGAAUUUUUUUUUCUUUUGUUUAGUAAUUUUGUUUGAAAAUUCUUGUAUUUGUUAAAGAUUAUUUUUGUUUUAGUUCCUUUUUAA